CGUCAUACUGUGUUUUCUAUCUUCGUAACGCGGACCUUACCAAGGUAAAGAUUCCGUGUGCUAUUUAUAGACUGGCGUUGACAGACCUUGAGCGUAUACGCAUGGCCAAUACACACAGCCUUGGAAGCAUGUGACAUCCUCGCUACUCUCAGCGACAAUAUUCUCCGACUAUUAAUUCACUGCAAGUUUAGUGCAUUCAAUGAUGGGGGAUAAUGUAAGAUAAUUCAGUAAUGGCGACGGACGAAAAUCUCCAGGAAUUCUGUAAUACUUCCGUGUUCUGGAACAGCACGGAGUUUGUGAACAGUCCAUGGCCCCGCGUGCCGCCGUGCUUCCAGACGACAGUGCUGACGUGGAUCCCGUGCGCCUGGUUAUGGCUGACUCUGCCUCCCUACUGCUACUUCCUAUACCACUCCGACAACAGGAAAAGGAACAUCCCAGCAAACGCCCUCAGCGCCAUCAAAUCUGGAAUCAGUUUCAUGCUUGGGAUCAUGGUACUAGUGGGCUUGAUCCAUGACAUCACAAAGGAUGUGGGCGGACGGCUGUCCAAUGUGCCCCCCGCCGUCCUACUGAGCGUCUUCCUACGACUGGCCACCUUUGUGUUAGCUGGAAUUCUGAGUCAAGUGGAGCGGCUUUGUGGCAUCGUUUCCUCUGGUAUACAAUUUCUGUUCUGGAUGAUGUUGCUCGUCUUCAAUAUUGUACCAUUUUAUUCGAAAAUCAUAAUAAAGGAAUAUGACAAAGACCUGUUUAAAUUUAUUAUAUUUUACCUGUAUUUCGCCGCCAUAUUGUGUCAGUUCAUUCUCCAUUGUGUGGCAGAGAAGUCGGACGAUGCUGAUCCAUCGACUCCAGAGGAGAAGAGUAAACUGUCUCCCCUAUAUUGUUUCAAACAGACGGCGAGUCCUGAGAAAACCAGCUCUGUGUUAAACAGACUGUACUUCUGGUGGCUCAAUCCACUUGUUAUAUCGUCUGUGAAAACAACACUAAAACUGGAAGACAUGUGGCGACUGAACGAAGAGGACAAAAACAGUACACUGACCGCCAAGUUUGAGAAACACUGGCGACAGCAAAUAAUCAACUCCAAAAUCAAGUUACAGAAAAUAAUGGCAUCAGUCAGGAGAAAACAGAACGUCUACACAAAGGCGUCCGAAACUAGCGAGAAAACCCCCCUACUUGGCGGGAAAUCUGGCCCGGUGUUCAAGGAGGGUCGUGUCCCUGACCCGCCCGUCCCCCCGUCCGCCACCCCCUCUCUCUCCACCGCACUAGUCAAAACCUUUGGGUUUAUGUACCUGGUGUCUCUGGCAUUCAAAUUCAUCUCGGAUGUGUUGCAGUUUGCCAGUCCUUUGUUACUAGGAAUCCUGAUAGACUACGCUGACAACAGGGGAGAGUUCUCCUCGUGGAGGGGCUACAUGCCCGCCAUUGCGCUGUUCCUGGCCUCUUGUGUCCAGUCGGUCUUCUAUCAUCAGAACUACCAUGUUGGUAUGGCGGUAGGAAUGAGGAUCCGAUCAACGCUUAUCGCCGCCAUAUUUAGAAAGGCCCUGACGCUGAGUCCCUCGUCACGGAAGGACAGUACUCUGGGUGAGAUCGUGAAUCUGAUGUCGGUGGACUGUCAGCGGAUACAGGACACCUUCACUUACUCCUGGUCUCUAAUGACCUGCCCCUUACAACUGGCUCUGGGAAUCUACUUGCUCUGGAACGUGGUGGGCGCCUCCUGUAUCGCCGGCCUGGUGGUGCUGAUCCUGAUGGUUCCACUCAACUCCUACGUGGUGGUCAAACAGCGCAAACUCAAUGUCAAGGUGCUGCGCCUCAAGGGACAGAGGACCAAGCUGAUGACGGACAUUCUGAACGGAAUAAAGGUCCUAAAGAUGUAUGCCUGGGAACCUUUUUUUCAAGAAAAAGUCAAGAAUAUCCGUGAUCAAGAGCUAAAAGACCUGAAAAAGGUUGCGUGGCUGCAAGGAAGUACAACGUUUUGUUGGAUUCUAGCCCCCUACCUGGUGACCCUGGCCACCUUUGCUACAUACAUCUUGGUGUCCCCUGACAAUCUCCUAGAUGCCAAGAAAGCCUUUGUUGCCCUGGCUCUGUUCAACAUCCUGAGACUCCCCAUCAACCUGAUGUCACAGACAAUUUCUCUGCUAGUGCAGGCGGUUGUAUCAAUAAGGAGAAUCCAGGAUUUCCUGGUCCUGACAGAUUUGGAUCCAACCAAUGUACACCAUUCUACUCUCUCGGACUACGCCAUUGAAGUAGAAAAUGGAUCUUUUUCUUGGGACGUCGAUGCCCCAACGCCAAUUUUGCGAGACAUAAACUUGAAGAUUCCCGAGGGAAUGUUGAUAGCAGUAGUUGGCCAGGUCGGUAGUGGCAAGUCCUCCCUCGUCUCUGCUCUCCUGGGGGAGAUGAAUAAACUAGAGGGAACCGUCAAUUUCCGGGGAUCUACCGCGUACGUCCCGCAGGAGGCGUGGAUACAGAACGCCACGCUGAUGAACAACAUUCUGUUUGGGAAACCCUUUAUACAGAAGAAGUACCAGAAGGUGAUUGAGGCGUGCGCCCUGGUGCCGGACCUCGACAUGUUGCCGGGGAGAGACCACACGGAGAUCGGCGAAAAGGGGAUAAACAUCAGCGGCGGACAGAAGCAGCGAGUGAGCCUUGCGCGCGCUGUGUACAGUAACUCCAACGUCUACCUGCUGGACGACCCCCUGUCAGCUGUGGACUCUCACGUCGGAAAGCACAUCUUUGACCGCGUCAUAGGGCCAAAGGGGCUCCUCAAAAACAAGACAAGAGUUCUGGUGACCCACGGUGUUCAUUGGCUCCCGAUGGUUGACGUAGUGGUUGUCAUGGUGAAUGGUAAAAUCACGGAGACCGGAAGCUAUGACCAACUUAUUACACAUGACGGUCCGUUUGCACAGUUCCUGCGGCAGUACUUCAUUAAUGAACCGGAUACGGAAAUAGAGAAUGAGCAUCCGGAUGUGUCCAAAAUAAAGACGCAGAUGUUAGAAAAGGUGGAGUCUGUGACGUCAGACGCCCUGACCUCUGACACCGACGGCCGGAGGCUCAGUCUCUCCGUCAGACGAGAAUCAAAAAAGCUAGAACUAGGAAAAUCAUCUUAUCCAAAGCCUUUAGAACAACCAGUCACAAACCAGCACCAGAAAUUGACGUCCGAGGAGGUAUCGCAGGAAGGGCAGGUGAAGUGGUCUGUGUUCACGGAGUACGGUAAGGGGGUGGGGGUCUUGACCUCUGUGGUGGUGCUGGUCGUAUUCUCGCUCUACCACUCCACCAGUGUCUUCUCCAACUACUGGCUCACGUUUUGGACGGAGGACCAGCUCCUGUUAAAUCGAACCGAAAGAAACACCACCCAGUAUUACAACAGGAAGAUGUACUACCUCACUGUGUACGGUGUGCUCGGCGGGAUACAAGGAGUGCUGGUCUUCCUGUAUGCCAUCAUCCUGUCUCUGGGAAUGGUAACAGCGGCAGGAAGACUUCACCACAAAAUGCUCAGGAAAAUCCUCCGCGCACCAAUGGCGUUCUUCGACACAACUCCAGUCGGGCGGAUCACCAAUCGUUUCUCCGCCGACAUCGACAUCAUGGACAAUACCCUGCCCCUGACAUUCCGGAUAACGUUAAAUUCCCUGUUCCUUGCUCUGAGUACACUCAUUGUGUGUACCAUCAACACGCCCUACUUUGCAGCAGUCAUUGUUCCUAUGGCCAUUCUCUAUUAUUUCAUAAUGAAAUUCUACAUUCCCACGGCGUCACAGCUGAAGCGCAUGGAGUCGGUGACUCGGUCGCCGGUCUUUAACCACUUCAGUGAGACAGUGACAGGCGCCAGCGUCAUCCGGGCCUACAAGGUCCAAGAGCGCUUCCGGGACGAGUCCGCCAACCGCGUGGACCGGAACAUGGAGCCUUACUACAUCAAUUUCUCCUCAUCAAGGUGGCUGGGGGUACGGCUGGAGUUUUUGGGGAACUGCCUCGUUCUUGGCGCAACCUUGUUUAGCAUCUUCUCUGACCUCAACGGUGCCAUUGUGGGAUUGUCCAUUACCUAUGCAUUACAGGCCACCGGGAUUUUGAAUUUGCUGGUGGUGAACUUCAGUGAUCUGGCUAACAACAUCGUGUGCGUAGAACGAAUCAAAGAAUACUACACGGAUGUUUCAAGCGAGGCAGAGUGGACCAGCCCCAACCCUCCUCCCCCCGACUGGCCGCUGUCUGGACAGAUCACGUUCAACAACUACAAAACCAGGUACCGCGAGGGACUGGAUUUGGUCCUGAAAGGUGUAACACUUACCAUCAACCACGGAGAAAAGAUCGGGAUCGUGGGUCGGACAGGGGCUGGCAAAUCCUCAAUGACGCUUUCUCUGUUCCGGUUAAUAGAGAGCGCAGGCGGUGAGAUCACAAUUGACGGCGUAAGAAUAUCUGAUCUGGGACUUCACGAACUGAGGUCAAAAAUUACAAUCUUACCGCAAGACCCUGUCAUUUUCUCUGGAAGUCUGCGGUUGAACCUUGACCCGUUUAAUGAGUACACGGACCUCCAGCUAUGGAAGGCCCUAGAGACGGCCCAUCUCAAGUCGUUCGUCCAGUCACUGACGGGACAGCUUCAGUACGACUGUGGGGAGGGCGGGAUGAGCCUGAGCGUGGGACAGCGGCAGUUGCUGUGUCUGGCCCGAACUCUCCUCAAGAAGACAAAGAUUCUGAUCCUGGACGAGGCCACGGCCGCCGUUGACUUCCAGACGGACGAGCUGAUCCAAGAGACCAUACAGAAGGAGUUCCGGGACUGUACUAUCCUGUCCAUAGCCCACCGUCUCAACACUAUCAUAGAUUACGACAGGGUCAUGGUGCUUGACAGCGGUCACGUGACGGAGUUUGACAGCCCGGAUAACCUGCUGGCCCGUAAGGACAGCCUUUUCUACAGCAUGGCAAAGAACGCGGGCCUGGUCGUUGACAUUCGGGGCGGCAAACCAGUCUCCCCCUUGGUCACCUCAGAACCUCCACGGGACCCCACCAGUCGACCCGGGUCAGCAUCUAGCCAGGAAGGGGUACCCCCACCCGCCUCCCCUGUGGGGCCCCGGCCCAUCUCCCCCAUAGGACCCCCGCUUACCCCUAUCAGUAGAAUGGACAGUCAGGAUACACUGCCGCGCUCAUCAAGCUCAGAAUUUGAGACGAAUGACCAAUCGGGGUCAGCAAACGGAAAGAAAGGCGAAUCCGAGGUCUGAUGACAGGACAACUAGAGAUAAUGGAACCGACGAGACUUAAUCACUUGUAGACAAUCUAUUCUGUACAGAGAAAGGAAUAAAAUGCAUAAUAUAUUUUGUUUCUUGGAUUUGGUUUAGAUAGAGAGUAGCGGCUCGCAGGUAUAAGAUGAAUUCGGUAAUUGGCUAUACAUCUCUAGAAAGUGUCAAGUGAACUCUGUGAGGUUUAUCUGUCUUUAGCCAACUUUAAAAUUAUAAUGUAAUGUGUGAUUCAAUAUUGAACAAAGAGUUACAAAGACAGUUAAUGGUUGCUAAAUUUUCACUGGAUAAGAACAAAUUAUAACUUCUAAUGAAUACCGGUUCCUAAAUAGUGUCAUCAUUCUUGGUAGUGAAGAUGAAAAAGACAGCUAUCUGUCUAAUAAUUUUUAAUUGUUUAUGUUAGAAACUGAUUUCUUUUUGUACGUUUGUAUUUAUACGAUUUAUAGAAUUAAUCUUUUUUUAUAUACCUUAUUCAAAUUUCCCUUCACUGAGUCACGUGUGGACAUUAGAUAUUCUGUCACGUGACUCAUAAUCUUGUGACAAAAACCUGGAUCAGUGUGACUGGAGACCUUGAAAGAUUCAAACUACAAUAUGAAACCAAUCCUGACAUGUUAACUCUGUUGGUUUUAACAAUUAAAACAUAUUUUUUCA